AUGCAGUACCUUAGCGUUGCCGCUCUUCUCCUUCCGGCCACAGUGCUGGCCAACCCCAUGGUCGUUGCCCGCCAACCCCAAGCCAAAGCCAAAUUCAUCGGCUGGAGACUUCAAACCGGAACCGAGGUCGACUGCGGUAACGAUGUUUCGGUUGCCUUUACCGAACUCGACCAACUCGCCACCGUGUCGUUGCCCAACUACAACGUCACCCUCCCGGAGCGAAACGGCAGCCGUGACAAGGGCUGCUCCGUCAUCCUGACGGUCCGCUUCCCCGUCAACGUCUGCACCAGGGGCACCGCGACCGGCGCCGUCAGCGGGCAGGUCGACCUGUCGAUCGUCGGCAGCCAGGCCAAGUUCCACGGCCGCGAAUACGUCGUGUCCCCCAGCGGCGACGGCGUCUCGCAGGUCAGCCCCGACAGGGAGUGGACCCGGACGGCCGCUAGCGGCCCGAUCAGCGAGCGAUACACCAUCAACGACAGCGUGACGUACAGGUACACCCCGCCCAACGUGGAAAACCAGGAUGUCGACUUCACCCUCCAGGGCCGGCUGCAGCUGCAGCCCGGCACCGGCACGGCUGGCUUCCUGAGCAACGACCGCUUUGUCUUUGACCUCCGCAACCAGGAUGCCUGCUAAAUGCGCAAUUCUCCCAAGCCACACCCGAUCAGAUAGUCAUUAAGUUUGGGACUACGUUGUCGAUGAAGGUCGUGGUAGGCAGGGAGCCAGCAAGUUAUGUAGGUAAUGACUCGGUGAGUAUCUGAUGGGUUGAAGCUGAGCCCAAAAGUACUUACGAGGGAGUCAAUGAGGCAGAUGGUUUCAAAUGUUUCCUUUGUUCGAAUUCCCUUUCUAAGAUCGUUUCAUAGUACUCUCACGAGUCAUUCAUACAUUCAUUAGCACUAGUUUCUCCCCAUCAGAUUAGUAGCGCGAAAUACUAUAGUAUAAGA